AUGAGAGCACUUGCACCAGCACUCGGGAAGCUUCAGCGUCUACAGUCCCUCAACUUGCGUGGUAACAUAUUUGGAUCUGACGGCAUGAGACUGAGAGCACUUGUACCAGUACUUGGGCAGCUGCAGAACCUUCAGCUGGCCGAUUUUCGGCACUGGAUCGACAAGGACCUUGCGCAAGAGGAUGGCUUCUUCGACAAGCACUUUCUCGACGCACGCGGCGUCACGGGCGAGGAUUUCCUGACGCGUUCGAAGCAGGAGCUGAAGGACGACAUCUUCUGCAGUGAGAGCCGAGGGCAGGCAGUGAAGCGUGUGCAGCGAAAGCUCGCGGAUGUGCACCGGUUUCUGCUUGCCGAAGACGUGACGUUGCACUCAUGUCGGAGGCGACCCUUUCAGCUGUUGCUCCAAAUCCCACACGUGUGGACAGAGGGCGUUCACGUGGAUGAGUGGCGCGUUUCAAAAACACACCAUGAGGACGACCCCACAAGCACGACCAGAUUCGACUUGUGGGAUUUUGCUGGCCAGCUUGAGUUCUUCCCUGCCCACCAGCUCUUCAUGGCCUCGCACAUGGCCGUGUACAUUCUGGUGUUCGAUGCCUCCAAGGGUUUCAAGCAUGCACAUGCUCGCAUUCACGUUUGGUUGGACCUGCUCAAGGCAUGCCUUCCAUACAACGGUGAUGGUGCUGCAGAUGCCAUCCAAGUGCGGCUUGUCGCCACCAAGACCGAUUGUGCGCGUGAGGAUUUGGGCCUGCAGCAUCUGCUGCAAACACUUCAGCGCCGUGUCGGCAAGCGGUUUGACCUUGGAAGCCGCUGCUUCGCCACGCGCUACGACGAGCCAGGUGGCGGAGAUCUGACCGCGCUGGAUGCAGAGCUGUGGGCACUGCGCAAGCAAGGGGUGCCGUACUUCCAAGUGCCAAGGCAUGAGUGUGUGCUCAAACCAGUCACGUGGCUGAGCAAGCUGAUGGCUUUCCUCUUGCACCCGCUUCAUGGUCUGAGGAUGACGUGCGCUGCGGAUGAUUCAAGCGACCGUACUUUCCUGCCUGGCGUUGAGGGUGCCGAAGCCGCAGGUGUGCUGUCAUGCCGUGGUGUGUACGUUCCGGUUGAGCAUGAGGAGGGUUUGCUUCCAUUUCUGGCGUCCUUCGGUGUUUGCUUUCGCCUGGAUGGCCAGCGAUACACCUUCCCUGCUCUGCUGCCGCGCAAACGUGUGCAUGGCAAGAUCGUCGAGCGACUCAACGCUCGUGCCGAUGCUCAUGGCGCUGGCAUUGCCGGACGUCGUCUGCAGUGCUUGGACGAGCUGCAGUUUCUGCCGCCAACGUGCUGGCCGGCCGUGGUGAAGGAAUUGUUUGAUGUUGUGAAGGAGCUGAAUGGAGACCCGUUGCACUUGAGCAAGGGCAUGUUUGUGGCAAAGAUGAGCGACAACGGCUACCUGGCCACAUGUGUGACGGAUGUCAAGCACAGACGUGUGCUGGACGUCGUCGCGGUGGGCGCUGACUCAUUUCUGCUUCAUCUGGCCAUGCUCGUGGUUGUAGACGCUCUGCACAAACAGUUUCCAUCACUUCGACUCCAGAAGCGCUGCCUACUGAUCGCCGGUGCCGAUGAUCACGAACGAGAACACCACGUGUUGCUGAAACGUGACGUCACAACACGGGCUGUUCACACGGCGGUGAAGUCGACAAGUGAGGCUUUGGAACGACUUACUGCUCCCGCAGGCGUAGCACCGGAACAGCAUCAACUUUACGUUCGACGCUUGGAGCAGUCGAAGCUGGUAUUCCGGGAUGGAGACUCUGGCUCAUUGAGGCUCGCGUACUUUCAUGAGCACUGGCUCACGCUGCUGACCGACCCAGAGCUUGUGAAAGAGAAGAACAUCCCGAAGGCGAAGCAGACAGCGAAGAUGCUGGCGGACAUUGAGCACGAGAUCCGCCACCUGAAUGAUGCGGAAAUGAGCAGCCUUGCCACCAGCUGUGAGAUGCCAGAUACCCGCAGGCUGGAUGGACCAGGCCUCAUCCAUUGGCUGAAAUCAAACUGCCCACAAGGCAGCAACCUGCCGUACCUUUCACCCGACAGCGACCUGGAGCCGCUGCGAGCAGCAGCUGAGGGCACCCUUGGUGAACGGCACAAUAUUUGUGUCAACACGCGCGAAUGGCAGCGGUCAUUUCAUGAGGAAAACGCCUGA